AUGGGCUCUGCAAGCUCCAAAGUCGACAAAGCCGAACCUUUGGCUCGUGCAAGGAGCGAGAGGAAGUUCAUAAAGCAAGCAAUUGAUUCAAGUAGUGAUUUUGUAGAGGAUGAGUCAUUGGGGUUCUCUAUGCCAAUGCCGCCACCUCCUCCUCCUUUUGGGUCGAGUGGGCAUAAUGACUUGGAUUUGGAUUUUGAUGAUUUGAGAGGGUGGAAUGAGUUUAGGCGUAAAAGGGUUGGCGUUGAACAUAGUAUGAUAGAUGCAAAAGGAAAAUGGACAAAAGUUGGUUUAGAUGGAAAGAGUCGAGCACGUGAAGAAACUGUGAAGCUUGCGCAUCUGCAGAUUGGAAAGAGAUCACUGUAUGCCAAUGCUUUCGUUUCCUCAGCGUCAUUCUUGCGUAGUCUGUUUUGUUUUGUGCAAUUAUACAAAACUGAAACACCGAAGGGAUUCUAG